CGUAACAAUAAUACUGAAGCAGAAAAAAACAAAAGCAGAAGAAGUGACCUAAAGAUGAAAAGUCGCGACUAUUUGUGUUUAGAUGAAAAGAGACCAAAGCUUUAACCCCUCUGAACAUCAACAAAUGUCUGUAUUCAUGAAUGUUUAUUGAAAAAAAGCCUUUUUCGGGGACUAUAAAUGGAACAUUUGUCGCCAUGUUGUUUUUCCUCUAGUCGCGCUGAGACGGAUGCUUCGUGGUUUCCAUCACGUCAUCCUUUCACUUCCUCUCUCUCUCUCUCUGCCAUCUUUCCCACCUGAGUGGCAUCACAUCGGUGAAAGCAACCAGAGACACGUUGACCUCGACGGAGCGAAAGAGGAAGAUGAAGAGGAGCUGAAGAAGAAGAACGUGACCACGGAGGCCGUCAUGAUUCACUCAAAUCAUUCCAUCCACUCGGUGUUCUGCUGCUGCUGCAGCGUGCAGAGCAGGGAGAUCAGCACCCACAUGGAGCUGGAGGGAAGCGCCUCGCUGUGUUUCCAGAGCAGACGCUACCCGGGGCACGCCAGCAGGGGCGACAGGUCCAGGAAGAAGCUCCCGCUCCCGCCCCCCGACGACGAGCACGGCGAAGGUCAGGGGCUGCUAACCGUGGUCGCCAUGUACGACUUCACCGCCAAGGAGGACACCGACCUGACACUCAAACAGGGAGAAGAAUACGUGAUCCUUCACAAGCAGGACCAGCUGUGGUGGAGAGCGCAGGACAAACACGGGAAUAAAGGAUUCAUUCCCAGCAACUACGUGACCGAGAGAAACAGAAUCGAGGCGAACUCGUGGUACUGCAAGAAUAUCACCAGGACAGAAGCCGAGCAGCUGCUGAGACAGGAGGACAGAGAAGGAGGUUUCGUGGUGCGGGAGUCUAGUCAGAAGGGAGUCUACACCGUCUCCGUCUACACCAAAACAUUAAGCGCUAACGGGGUCAUCCGCCACUACCAGAUCAAGAAAACUGAUGCGGGUCAGUUCUUCUUGGCUGAGAAACACAUCUUCAGCUCCAUCCCUGACAUCAUCCAGUACCACGAGCACAACGCAGCAGGUCUGGUGACCCGGCUGCGGUACCCGGUGGGUCCAAUGGGACGGUGUGUGCCGGCCACGGCAGGAUUCAGCUCAGAGAAGUGGGAGAUCAACCCCAGCGAGUUGACCUUCAUGAAGGAGCUGGGCAGCGGUCAGUUCGGCGUGGUGAGGCUCGGAAAUUGGCGAGCUCAGCACCGAGUGGCCAUCAAGGCCAUCAGGGCGGGAGCCAUGUUCGAGGAGGACUUCAUCGAGGAGGCUAAAGUCAUGAUGAGGCUGUGCCACCCUAAACUGGUGCAGCUGUACGGCGUUUGUCUGCAGCAGCGCCCGAUGCUCAUCGUGGCCGAGUUCAUGGAGAACGGCUGCCUGCUGAACUUCCUGCGGCAGAGGAGGCGGAGUCUGAAGAAGGAGUGGCUUCUGUCCAUGUGCCAGGACGUAUGCGAGGGCAUGGAGUACCUGGAGGCUCAGAGUUUCAUCCACAGAGACCUCGCCGCGAGGAACUGUCUGGUUAACAACUUCAAUGUUGUGAAGGUCAGCGACUUUGGGAUGACCCGGUACGUUUUGGACAACCAGUACACCAGUUCAUGUGGUGCCAUGUUCCCGGUGAAGUGGUCUCCUCCGGAGGUUCUCCACUACAAUAAAUACAGCAGCAAGUCGGACGUCUGGUCCUUCGGUGUGGUGAUGUGGGAGAUCUACUCGGAGGGCCAGACCCCGUUUCAGAACCGCUCCAACAUGGAGGUGGUCAACGACAUCACUCGGGGGAUCCGGCUGUACCGGCCGCACGGCGCCUCGCAGCCGGUCUUCUCCAUCAUGUACCGCUGCUGGCACGAGAAGCCUGAGGGUCGGCCUUCUUUCUCAGAGCUGCUGGAGGAAGUCAGAAAACUGGCAGAAAAUCCGGAGUAACACACAAACACACUUAUUUUUCAGCUAAUUACUGUUUCCCAUGAACUGAAUGAUGUCAUUGUAAAUAACUGUCAUUUUUAUCAAAGCCCUUUUAGAUAACUUUUUCACAGAUGUUUUUUUUUAUCAUUUAUAUAAGCAGCGACAUAGAAAAUACAUGUAAAGAAAUGUAUAUAAUGUGAAUUAAUCUAAUGUUGAACAUUUCAGGAUCUCAUUAAAGCACAAUAAUUGCCCCUUUGUCCCCAAAAAUUAGUUACAGCAAUGGUACUUCAACGUAUGACUAUUUUUACUGUGCACUCAACACUGGGUAAAACAUAUAUUGCAUA